CUACAGUAAUCCCCUCUUUUACACUCCUGAGGCCUUUCUCCUAAACCUUCUCCUUCCUCGCCGCCUCAGAUUCGCCUCUCCCCGGAUGCCGGCUCGCCGGCCGCCGCCUCCACCGCACAGCCUUCUCACCGUAGCACCCCUGCCAGUGCUGUCACCUACCAUCAGAAGAAAUUCUCGUCUCCCAGACGCUCCUCCUCUCCGCUUCUACUGGGCUCGCGUCGUGGAGGACCAGAGAUCCACCGGAACUUUGCUUCUCGGUCUCAGUCGGAUGUAAUACUCUCCAGCUCAGACAAUGAAUACUUCAGAAAAUAAGUCGGCAUGCUCCAUCCCUAGAAGGUCAUCACGACGGAGGAAACAGUCCUCUUCUGAGUUGGUUUCUUUAUCAAAAAGACCAAGCCACCGCAAUGCCUCCAGCUCUUAUAAGCUAGAUCAGUGUUCUCCCAAGAGAACAGCAAGAACCGCAAGGAAUGCUAAUUUGGCGAAAUACAUAAAGAACAAAUAUUAUCGUAGUCCUCUGAGCCAGCGGCGGUCUUCAAGUGCUGUUUCUGGGAAAACUGCAACAGGACCAGUUAGGAGGAGGAGCCGGAAACGGAGAAGGCAAAAUACUGAUUGUGACGAGGCAACUCGCUUGGAAAGAAGAGCAAGAUAUUUACUUAUCAAAAUAAAAUCGGAGCAGAACUUACUAGAUGCAUACUCUGGAGAUGGCUGGAAUGGGCACAGCCGAGAGAAGUUAAAGCCAGAGAAGGAGCUACAGCGUGCUAAGAGACAGAUCAUUAAAAGCAAGAUUGCUAUCCGUGAUAUUAUCCAUCAACUUGAUUUGUAUAGUUCUAGUGGGAACAUGGAUGAUUCUGUAAUGCCUCCAGAUGAGCCUGUUAAUCCUGAUAAUACCAUAUGUUCAAGAUGCAAGUCUGAUGAAUCAGUUCCCGACAAUAAAAUUAUCUUCUGCGAAGGGUCCUGCAAAAUGUCGUAUCACCAGAAAUGUUCGGAACCUCCUUUUGACAAAAUUCUCCCUACUGGUGGUCAUGGAUGGCUUUGUAAAUUCUGUUUGUGCAAGAUGAAAAUUUUAGAAGCUGUUAAUGCACAUUUGGGUACGAGCCUUACCGUGACAUGUCCCUCCAAGGAUAUUUUUAAGGAAGCGACUGAACACAUAGGCUCUGACGAUGGUCCAGGAGAGGAUUUGUUAUCUGAGUAUUCAGGUGAUGAGGACUACGACCCUGAAGAAAAUGACGGCACAAGCAGCAGCUUAGGCCGUGGUGAAGAAAGUAUAUCAAGCGAGUCCAAUUGUUCGGGAAGUCCACUCUAUUCUCCAAACGAUGAUAUUCCAGGCUUCAUAUCAGCAGAUUUCACUGACGCUGAAGGAUUCUGCCAUGCCAAUUCACAUUUAGAAUUUGAUUCUGGUGAAGAUGUUACUGCGGAGAUGGUUAACUACCAAAGGCCAAAGAGAGAUGUUGAUUACAGAAGACUUAAUGAGGAAAUGUUUGGAAAGCUGGCCGAGAAUGAAAAGCAGAGUGAUGAUGAAGACUGGGGUGUUAAUAGGAAAAAGAGAAGAAGAGUGGAUUCAGCUGGUGGAGCUAAGUCUGUUGAGGGUGUCUCAGGUGUCACAUCAAAUGAGAACCUCCAACCACACAGGAGAAAACUUUUCAGGAUGCCCCCUGCAGCAGUUGAGGUUCUUCGCAAAGUUUUUGCUGUAGACGAGCUUCCAGCCCGGGAUGUCAAAGAAAAACUCGCAACAGAAUUGGGUAUUUCUUAUGAGAAGAUUGACAAGUGGUUCAAAAAUACUAGGUGUGCUGCUCUGAGGGAUCGGAAGGCUGAAGGAAAUAGUCAUAUUGCUGGCCCCAGCAAAAGCUCGGGAAAGAGGGUAGAAAAAGCUGAAGUUUCAGGCAAGUUUGAUUCAGUGGACAAUUCAUAUCUUCCCCCUUUGUCUAAAACCAUUGAGACAAAGCCUGAAUCAAAUAGUAGACCUGUGAGGAGGCGGCUACACAAUAAAGGAGUUUCCUUGUGUCCAACCAGCGAAGUCAAGGAGACUACAUCACCUACAAUCAAGCAUUGCUCAAACACACAUCCUAUUCAUCUUGCAGAUCGCAACAUCAACACUGAGGAUAGAGCCAUCUCUCAGGUGGACACAGGGCCCUCCGACGAUCCUUUCUUUGAUGCAAUCCUAGCAUAUCCCAACAUCAAUACCAGCGACAAAGUGGUUUCUACGGGGGACCUGGUGACCCUCGCUGACGAACCUUUCUUGGAUGCGAUGCUAGCAGAUAGCCAUGUCUUCUACACUGAGAGAACCGUUUCUCGCGAGGAUGUGAGGGGUCCGUCCAAUGACCAGCCUUUCUUGGAUGUAAUAGAGAACGUGUGCGGACUGAAGCAUAGGCUGCAGAGGCUGGAGGACAUGCUAUCAUCAGCGGCUCCAGGCGACACUGGAACUGCCAAGGGUGACGUGGAAAACCAACUUGUGGUGCUUGUACCAACUGCUGAGCUGAAGGACAAGCCACAGCCUGGCAACUGAAUUCUGGAUGCAAUUUGGGCAUUGUCUAUAUGAGGUUUAUAUAGAAGAAAAAUAGUGUAGAGAAGAAGAAAAGAAAGUAGUGGUUCUGGCUGACAAGGCAAUGCGUUUUCCUUCUGGGGUCCCAACAGUGGUUAUACCUGUAUGUCACAUCAAAGUGUACCAUCUGUACUAGUAGUAUACAGGCCAGACGUUGCUGGUCUAAAUGGUCUGGAUUUAGUACCUUUUGGGGCUUGGAUAUUUAGGUGGUUAUAUGCAGAUUAACUUUUGGUUACCUCAACUCA